CAGAAACGCAGUGGGUACACGCCGGUGUCCACGGCCGUUUCGAUCCCAGCCCACUCGUACACCAAGUUCAUUUACACAAAACUCAAGAUGGCGCCUACUUACGUCGCUGAGGAUAGACUAACAUCAGGACACCGGCUGUCCCACCCACCCCCCGGGGAGGAGGUCUGCAUCACCGGGCUAGCCGGAUACUUCCCUGAUUCCGACUCUGUGAUGCAUUUGCAGGAGAAUCUCUUCAAUAAGGUAGAUUUGAUCACGGACGACAAUCGGCGUUGGAACCUGACCCAUCCUGAAAUUCCUCAACGUACCGGCAAGAUCAACAAUGUGAACAAGUUUGAUGCCUCGUUCUUUGGAGUUCACUACAAGCAGGCCCACACGAUGGACCCGAUGUGCAGAAUUCUUCUUGAGAAGGCAUACGAAGCUGUUAUUGAUGCCGGUAUGAACCCCAAAGAAUUGCGUAACACUAAAACAGGAGUGUUCGUUGGAGCUUGCUUCUCUGAAUCGGAAAAGACAUGGUUCUACGAGAAGAUGCAGGUGAACGGCUUCGGUAUUACUGGAUGCUCUCGUGCUAUGUUAGCUAACCGUAUCUCGUACUGGCUUGGAGUAACCGGUCCAUCGUAUACUGUAGACUCUGCCUGCUCUAGUUCAUUGUACGCCUUGGAACAUGCAUUCAGAGCCAUCCGUGAUGGCCACUGCGACGCUGCUUUGGUCGGCGGAUCCAACUUGUGUCUGCAUCCCUUCGUAUCACUGCAAUUUUCAAGAUUGGGUGUACUGUCAGCUGAUGGUCGCUGCAAGAGUUUCGAUAGCAGUGCCAAUGGUUAUGCUCGUUCUGAAGCUAUUGGAGUCUGCUUCUUGCAAAAAGCGAAGGACUCUAGAAGAGUCUACGCCCAAAUAUUACAUGCGAAGACCAACUGCGACGGUUACAAGGAACAGGGCAUUACGUACCCGGCCGGUAACAUUCAGAAGUUGCUCCUCAGAGAGUUCUACGAGGAAUGCUCCAUCUCACCUUCAAGUUUGGAAUUCGUUGAAGCCCACGGCACAGGUACUCGUGUCGGUGAUCCAGAGGAGUUGGUGGCCAUCGAUGAGAUCUUCUGCACCGGCCGCUCAGAACCACUCAUGAUCGGCUCUGUCAAGUCAAAUUUAGGUCACACCGAGCCUGCUUCUGGACUGUGUUCAAUUGCUAAGAUGUGUAUAGCAUACAGCACAGGGUUGAUCCCACCAAAUCUGAACUAUAAGGCGCCUCGAGACGGUGUUGCCGCAUUGGCUGAGGGCAGACUCCAGGUCAUCACGGAGAAGCAACCCUGGAACAGGGGCAUGUCUGGCAUUAGCAGCUUCGGUUUUGGUGGAGCAAACGCCCAUAUACUUCUACAAAAUAUAGCUUCUGAAAAGAUCAACAAUGGUCUCCCAGCCGAUGACUUGCCACGUCUCGUCUGCGCGUCCGGUCGUACUGAGUCGGCUGUAACCAAAAUACUUGAUGACCUGGAGACGAGGCCGGUGGAUGUAGAACAAGUUAGACUGUACCAUGCUAUCCACGGUGAAGACAUCGUUGGUCAUGUUGUAAGAGGAUUCACGUUAUUAGGCACUACACCCACAAAAAGCAUCCCGCUGGUCCGCGAUAUACAAUAUUUCUCCGGUGUACGUCGCCCAAUCUGGUUCGUGUACUCGGGUAUGGGGUCACAGUGGGCAGGCAUGGCCACGCAGCUCAUGAGGAUUCCUGUCUUUGCUGCAGCGAUUCAGAAGUGUCACAAAGCUUUAGAACCUAAAGGCAUCAACUUAACCAAAGUGAUCACAGAACCAAACCCUAAAAUCUACGACAACAUAUUAAACUCGUUCAUUGGCAUCGCAGCAGUUCAAAUCGGUCUCACUGAUGUACUGAAGACGGUUGGCAUUGAGCCUGACCAUAUCAUUGGACACAGUGUUGGCGAAUUGGGGUGCGCAUACGCAGAUGGCUGUUUCACGGCCGAGCAGAUGAUUUUGGCAGCAUACAGCAGAGGUUUAGCGUCUAUUGAGACUAAAUUCAUCAAAGGAUCAAUGGCUGCUGUUGGUCUCGGUUAUAACCAGAUUAAAUCUAUGUGCCCACCUGAGAUCGAGGUAGCCUGCCGUAACGGUCCCGACUCCAGCACCAUCUCAGGACCUGCGGAUAUAAUGAAGAGUUUCGUAGCCAAGUUGACUAGUGAGGGGAUAUUUGCGAAAGAAGUGCCGUGCUCCAAUAUAGCAUACCAUUCGCGAUAUAUCGCAGAUGCUGGUCCCAGGCUUCUAAAAUACUUGAAAGAAGUCAUUCCAUCACCGAAGGCUCGAUCAGAGCGUUGGGUCUCUACAUCGGUACCUCAAGCGCAAUGGAAGAGUUCCAAAGCAGAAUUAUCGUCUGCAGAAUAUCACACUAACAAUCUUUUGAGCCCGGUCCUCUUCGAAGAAACCUCCCGUCUCAUACACCACAACGCUAUCACCAUCGAAGUGGCACCACACGCCCUACUCCGAGCCAUUCUUCAACGGUCACUCAAGAAGGAUGUCAUCAAUAUAUCACUAACUCAGAGGAAUCAUGAUGACAAUGUACAAGUUCUAUUUACAGCGCUUGGAAAAUUGUACGAGUCAGGACUGAACCCGCAGCUUGCUAACAUCUACCCACAUGUGAAGUUCCCGGUGUCAAGAGGCACGCCCAUGCUAUCUCAUUUGGUAGAAUGGGAGCACAGUGAAGACUGGUAUGUAACAUCAUACAAAGCCCAAGAGAAGAUGAAGUCAGGCGAGCGAACUGUCAAGAUGUCCAUAGCUGAUGAGGACAGCGAAUACAUGGCUGGACACGUUGUCGAUAGUCGCAACCUAUACCCGGCUACCGGAUACUUGGUGCUCGUGUGGGAAACACUGGGUAUGAUGAUGGGGGAACUGUUCACGGAAUUGUCUGUGGUCUUCGAGAAUGUACGCUUCCAGAGAGCUACCAAUAUACCCAAAGAAGGUCACUUGGAGUUCAUCGUCAUGAUACAGAAGGGAAGCGGUAACUUUGAAAUUGUUGAAAGUGGAGCCUCCAUAGUUACGGGCCGCGUGUACGCCAAGAAGAACGUGGGACAGACGUACCGAGCAUUGAAAUCACCACCAGAGUCAUCCGGACCUAAUAUCAAGCAUAUGUUCACCAAAGAUUUCUACAAGGAACUCAGACUUCGAGGAUAUCAGUACAGUGGCUUAUUCCGCGGUGUAUUGGGUUGCAACGUCGAAGGCACCAGAGGUAGGCUCGCCUGGCUGAACAACUGGGUCACCUUUAUGGACUGCAUGCUACAAAUGAAGCUUAUCGGCCAGGACACUCGUGGACUCUUCGUGCCUACCAGGAUCGAGAGGCUGUCCAUCGAUAUCGGUAUCCACUAUAACGCCAUAUCGAAAAUGAACCCUGAAUCGAAAAACCGCUCAUUCGAAGUCCGGGUUUACCAUGACGUUGAUGUAAUAAGAUCGGGAGGCGUAGAGAUCCGAGGGUUGCAUGCCACACCAAUUUCAAGAAGAGUACCGUUAGGUGUACCUGUUUUGGAAAAGAACGAAUUCAUACCUAACUUUGGAAAGAGCAAAGUCAAGAUUGAAGACUGCCUACGUGCAAACAUUCAGCUUAUUCUUGAAAACAUACAAACAUACAAAGUUAAAAGCAUUGAACUUGCCGACGAAGAAUAUAAGAAUGACAGUCUGCAACCUAUUAUUGAGAAAGUGGCUGAUGUACUCGGUGACUUGCCUUUAGUUCAGGCUGAACUACUUCUCAUAUCUGAAGAACCUAUUGAAAUGCCUUCAACCAUAACUGUAGAGAACAAGAAACUAGCUUCAGAAACCAAUGCUGUAUUGUUUGUCGGUGCUAAUUUAUUAAAGAGAGAAACUGUAUUAAGUCAAGCUACGGCGACUCUUCGCGACAAAUGCUUUAUUAUAAGCCGAGAGAAAGAGCUUCCAAAUCCCAAAGACCAUUCAGACAAAUACGACAUUAUAACAAUCCAAGAUGUUGGUACAGAAUACAUAGUUCUUUUAAGAAAACGCGUUGGCGCUCGGCCAGCUAAAUUCGUCAAAAUUGAAACUAUGGAUGAAACUUUCCCUUGGGUAGAAAAAGUAAAAGAAGAAAUGAAAGAAGGUCAGAAAGUAGUACUAUAUACACAAGACGAGCCCAUCAAUGGACUUCUGGGACUUGUGAACUGCCUAAGGAAAGAACCGGGCGGUGAAAUUGUUAGUGGUUUUCUGAUUUCUGAUCCAGCCGCACCUAAAUUCAAUCCAGACUUGGAAUUUUAUGAGGAGCAAUUGGAUAAAGAUUUAGCAAUUAACGUUUAUCAAGAGGGUCAAUGGGGCACGUACCGUCACUUCCUCCUCGGAGAUCUGGAUACUGUUCGCGCUGAUCACGCCUUCGUGAAUACUUUGACCAUCGGAGAUCUAUCCUCACUCAGAUGGCUCGAGGGUUCUAUCAGAAAGGACCAAGUUUUCAAAAACCCAUCUAGCUACCUUGUGCAAGUAUACUGUGCUGCCCUGAACUUCCGUGACGUGAUGACAGCGACUGGCCGCGUGACCGUGGACGCGGUCGCUCGCGGCAGACUCGCCCAGGAGUGCGUGCAAGGUUUCGAAGUCGUCGGACGUGCUCCAAAUGGCUCCCGAAUGAUGUGCAUGGUGAGAAACUCUGGUCUGUCAAACAUGAUAGAAUGCGAUAAGGCGCUCUCUUGGGCUAUACCUGAUGAGUGGAGUUUCGAGGAGGCGGCCACCGUGCCUGUCGCUUAUGGAACAGUCUACUAUGCUAUGGUGAUGGUGGGUCAGAUACAGCGUGGUGAGUCCAUCCUGAUCCACGCGGGUUCCGGUGGGGUCGGCCAGGCGGCUAUCAACGUGGCGCUCCACUACGGCUGCGAAGUCUUCACCACUGUCGGUACAGCCGAAAAGAGGGCGUUCAUCAAGAAACUGUUCCCACAACUCAAAGACAGUCAUAUCGGCAACUCUCGAGACACCUCUUUCGAGGACAUGAUCCGCAGGGAAACCAACGGCAAAGGUGUCGAUAUGAUCCUCAAUUCGCUGUCAGACGACAAACUACAAGCAUCAAUCAGAUGUCUCUGCUACCGGGGCCGCUUCCUCGAGAUUGGCAAGUUCGACAUCAGCAACAACACGCCCAUAGGCAUGCACUUCUUCCUCAAAGAGACCUCCAUCCACGGCAUCAUGUUGGAUUACAUCUUUGAUCAAUCGAUGGAGUUCAGACUGAGGUUACAAGAUCUUCUGCUGUCCGGUAUGGAAAGUGGUGCGAUUCGUCCUUUAACUUACUGUACAUUUGGAAAGGACGAAGUGGAGACUGCAUUCCGAUAUAUGGCUGCUGGCAAGCACAUCGGAAAGGUGAUCAUUAAGAUCCGAGACGAGGAGAGGACCAACCGUCCCGUGAAACCUGCCUGCUUGCCCAUUGAAGCAAUUCCUAGGUACAUAUGUCAUCAGGACCACGUGUACAUCAUAAUAGGAGGGCUGGGUGGAUUCGGUUUGGAAUUAGCCGAUUGGUGCAUAUUGAGAGGCGCUAGGAAACUCCUUCUUACGUCCAGAAAGGGAGUCAGCAAUGGUUACCAAUCUACUAGACUUCGAGCCUGGGCAUCCUACGGAGCGGAAGUCCAAAUCUCCACCCACGAUGUCACAACGGAGUCUGGUUGCGAGGAAAUGCUAAAGAUGGCGACCUCAAUGGGUCCCGUGGAAGCGAUCUUCAAUCUCGCAGUCGUCCUCAAGGAUUCCAUCUUCCAGAACCAAACUGCUGAAACUUUCAAGACUUCGUUCGACCCGAAGGCACUGGCUACCAUCCACUUGGAUAAACUAUCGAAGAAACUAUGUCCCACACUUAAAAACUUUGUGGUAUUCUCAUCUGUCUCCUGCGGUCGUGGUAACGCUGGGCAGACCAACUACGGUCUAUCCAACUCAGUGAUGGAGAGGAUCUGCGAGUGGAGGAAGAAGCUUGGCCUACCAGCUCUUGCUGUACAGUGGGGAGCUAUUGGGGAUGUUGGAUUAGUGGCUGACAUGCAAGAUGAUGACGUUCAGCUGGAGAUCGGUGGAACCCUGCAGCAGAGAAUAUCCUCAUGUCUACUGGCGCUGGACAAAUUCUUGAAGCAGGACGCUCCAAUAGUUAGCUCCAUCGUGGUCGCUGAGAAGAAGGUCGGCGGAUCCGGAUGUGGAAAUAUUGUGGAUGCUGUAGCUCAGAUUAUGGGUAUUAAGGAUCUGAAGACAGUAUCACAACAAGUAUCUCUGGCUGAGUUGGGUAUGGACAGCAUGAUGGCUGUGGAGAUCAAGCAGACCCUGGAAAGAGAAUUCGAGAUCUUCCUCACCGCUCAGGAUAUCAGAACCCUCACAUUUGCAAGAUUGGUAGAACUAACCGCACAGCGAGAAGAAGCAUCGUCCACAUCAGCAGUCAAGCCGUUGAAUAUCGACGCCAAUGCUGGUCUCAAGGUCCUCAUAAGGAACUUCGGAGAAGAAAAACUAGCCAACGAACCUCUGCUGUACAUGCCGACUAUGAUCAGCGACGGAGUUGAAGGAGAAGAAGCUAUCCACGUGAUGGAUAAUGUGAUGUUCAUGCUGCCAGGGUUGGAAGGUUGUGCAUCAGCACUGGAACCACUGUGCCGCAGACUAAAGAUCAAAGUGUGCGUGUUGCAACUGGGAACUGAACACAAGAACGAGAAUUGCGGUCAAAUGGUGGAAAGGCUUUAUCAGUUGGCGAUAUCUCGCUUAGCACCCGGAUCUCAAUUCUGGAUCCUGGGGUACAGCUUCGGAAGUCUCCUCGCGUUGGAAUUAGCGGCCAGAAUGGAAGAAAAUGGUCUCAAAGGAACUGUAUUCUGCUUGGACGGCGGACCUGAGUUCCUCUACUCAAUCGCGACCAUGACGAUGACUUUCAAGAACGACUUCCAACUGCAGAACAGUCUGAUCUGCCACACUUUAGACAUCAUCGCACCAAACAACGACGUGAACAACAUCCUAAUUGAGAAGCUCAACGAAAUUGAAGAUUAUUCUGAACGAAUCGACUUCAGUAUCAAUUUGUCAAAGGAAUACGUUAAGAACGAUGAUUACUCUCACGGUUUUAUUGCAGCCGCGGCGCAAGCGUGCUUUGACAGAGUCAAAGUGGUACUGAAUUAUAAUCUCAAAGCUGCAAAGAAACUUCAGUCUCCAAUAAUACUUUUGAGACCCAAAGAGAAUCCACCUUUCAUAGUCUGCGAAGAAAAUUACGGUCUAGACAAACAUAGCGACGGUCCUAUAACCAUACACUUUUUAGAAGGCAACCACAUCACUAUAAUUGAGAAUAAAGAUGUGGCCAAUAUUAUUAAUAGGGUUAUAACAGAUAAGGACGGGUCCAAAUUGAAGGCGAUGCAAAACGUCGUCACCAACAUUGUCGAGAGUCAACGCGAAGUGCAAAUUUAAGGGGAAUAAAACGUUUUGGCAGGAAUUUUAUAUUUUAUUUGUAGAUUUAUUCAUUUUGGGCUUUUGUCGGUGUAUUACUUGUGUUUUGUAAAACUUCGAAUAAGUGGCCGUAUUUUAAUAAAAAAAAACUUAGCGACUAAAGUAAUUUAAUAAUUUAUUACUACAAUUAAAUUGUUAUUGUUAAUUUUAUAUUAAUGUUUGUGUUUACACACCAGUACCAAAUAAAUAUUCAUUUUUGUUAUUUUUAAGUGAUUGUUAGAUUUUGGUGAGGAGGAUAUUUUGUAUAAUUUUAUUAUAUUUAAAUAUAGGUGUAAGUAACUUAUUGGUAUUGUUGUUAAUGGUAAGUAAAUUAUGUGUAUUGGUUUUAGAAGUGAGUUUUUGUUAAAAAUGUUAUUUAAAUACAGGUUUAUUGCAAUGGC